UGACCUCCCUUUGUUUCUCGCCGGCUGCUAGUCACCAUGUUUAAUUCCUUUCCUGUAAAACCCUGUUCCGGCAACUUUCCUUCUGCGGCGCCUCUGCCGCGUGAGCUGUACGUACAGUCCGCCAUCGGGCAGCCAGACCUGUGGCAAGUGUGCACAAACGCUGAGCCGUGUCUGGUUUCUUUUCUUCGGGUUUAUUUCUCGCAUUCUUGCCAUGUCUCCUCGCCUUCCCUCAUUUUAUUUAAGUCAAAGCCGUGUGCGUCGGCGAAAUACUCCUGCUUUGUCGACCGAUACCUUGCAUACCUCUGCACAUGCAUUGGCGUCUCUCGCAACGUCCAGUUCACACAUGACUACGUCACCGGUGUAGCAGCAAGUCAAAUUCCUUUGCUACCUUCUUCUUGACGCGAGUUUCGGCUUCUGCUUAUCCUCUUCAGCCUGUUUACGCACUUUCUUUUCGCUGCAUGUGGCUGCUUUUCUUAAGGUUCAGCCGGUCCCUUUUCUGCGGUGAAUGCCGCCUCUACCUCGAAUCCGACGAGCAUCCGUCGUCCGGGCACUCCUGGCGCGUCCCGAUCAUUUAGAGGAGAGCCGAUUUCAGGAAACAGAUAACUGUAUAAACACACGGCUUCCUUUGCCGCGUGUUUCUUCCGUCCCUUUUCGUCUCUUGAUCGCUCGUCCGUCAAACUGCCGCGAUUCCUGCCCCCCUAGCUCCCCUGUCAGUCGGCUACUGAAUGUGGUCUGUUUCUUAUCAAGCAUGCACUUCCUCAAGGUGUCUUGAUCUGUUUUCGACUUUCGAAUCCAGAUCAGUGCCUUGUCCACUCCGUCUGUGCAUGCGAACGUAUUCUUUCGCUUAGCCACUCUCCUGACGUGCUCUCGACUUUCACUACCGGAGGCUUGCCCUCGGUUCCCGUUUCCGAUUUCCUUCGCUUCCUGUCUUUGUGCAUUGCUCUGAGCCUUCCUCUCCUUCGGUCUCUCUUCGUUUCCUCCAACACCAUUAUAUCUCCCCGUGCUGCCCAAAUGUCUUUCUCGGACGCACCGCGAGAUGAGCGAUGACGGGUUCAUUGUUGACGAGCAGACGGUCCUGUCGUCAGGCUUAAAUUCUUUCUUCGUUGCUUGUCCCCGCUUGUUCUUGCUUCUGCCCCUGGUCGUCCGUUCCCUUCUAGCGAGAAGGGCGUGGUGAAAAGGUUGUUUCUCCUUUGUGAUAAUGUUUCUGCUCUGUGAAGAGCUUCCGCGGAACGAAAGCAUCUCUCCUCCGCUCCGGUCUCUGCUUCCUUUGAUGUACUCUCAAGGAUUUGGUUUUACGUCCAUCUGAACACUCAAGUCGAUCCUCGAGCACACCUGAGAGACGGUGACUUCCCGACCCACUAUGUCGCUCUUCGACGACGACUGCGCGUCGUUGGAGGAGACAGGCUCUAGCAGCCAGUCUGGCCUUCCAGCUGCUUUCCCCUCUGCCGCCUCUGCAGACUCGCGCGGCUAUCCUUCUAACGAUGCCGCAGGUCGGCGAAAAAGUGCCUCCUCCACUUUUCCUGCCUCGGGCUUCGGCGCCAGCGAGCCUCUGGGGAAGCCUGAGGACGCGUGCGACCCCGGCCCCGUCUCCGGGUGCUCGUACAGCUUAGACGAGAGACACAUGAUCUGGAGGAAGAACGCCGCACUCCACUACUCCGCAGUUCUCAGUCACAAAGUGGAGUGGCCUUCGAUGACGGUGGAGUUUCUGACGCCUCCGUCUUCGGCGGCGACGGGACGUAGCGGGUCUGCUGCCUCAGUUCUCUCGCUCGGCGACUCAUACGUUUCUCACCGUCUUCUUCUGGGCACUUGCACCAAUGGAGAAGAGAAGAAUUAUUUAACGAUUGCCGAGCUCCGGUGGCCAGUGCCGUCUCUCGAGGAGGAUCCUCUCAAGUGCGAGACGUAUUCAGGUUUUAUUCCGCCCCGCGCGCGAGCCAGGUCGCUGCUGACAAAUGCGAGCCUCUCGGGCAGCACAGCGAGUGCGUCGCUGCCUGCGGCCAGCGCCUCGCUUCAGCUGGUACCUUCUUUGGAGACGAAGGCGAGGAUUCUGCACCCUGGAGACUUGAUUCGCGCCACGCACAUGCCGCAGAAUGCCUUCAACAUUGUCACCAUCAAUGAAGACGGCGUCGGCAUGUACUGGAACUUCUCCAGGCACCCGUCCUUCCCCGCUGCGGACCAGCUGGUGGCAAAGCCGCAGUUUCUGCUCGCGCCUCCGCUUGCGAUUGUCGCCCAGCCAAAGCUGCAGGCGGCCGCGUGGAUGUCUGGCGGGGAUAACGGCGGCUUUCUGUUCAGCUGUACAGACACUGGGUUGGUGAGUUUGUGGGACCUGCGGAAGAGUGGCACGCAGCACCUGUCGAAGGCGCGAGACAUGAGCACGAGUUCUCUCUCGCAGGCGAGGAAAACGGUGUAUGGCGGGGGUGUGACAAUUGCAGAAAGCACUCCAGAAAUAAGUCCCGUGGUCUCUGUAUCGUCAUCCUCGCCCUCCGCCUCGUUGAACGACAUCAAAGUGCAUCCACGAUACCCCGUAGUCGUCGCGACAGCUGGCGAGGACGGCGCGUUGCGGGUGUUCGACAUGCGCCAGGCGCACCGAGAAGCCCUCGCGGCCGUCUGUUCUGCCUCACCCCUUUGCUUCUCUCCUUCUCCUUCCGACAGUGGAGACAGGUCUUCGCAAAACGCAGCGACUUCUUCUCCGCAACCUGGCAAGCAGCGGAUGUAUGUUUCUCCGCCUUCCGAAGGCACUCUGGCCUUGAAUGCCGUCAGCUUCAACCGGUACAGCGAACACGUCGUCGCGGUGGGUUCGGCGCGGGGUCUCGUCUCUCUCUUCGACCUUCGACUUCUUUCUCGACCGUUUUUGUCGUUGUCCCACCACUCCGACGAAGUCACUUCUCUCCACUUCUCUCCCCUCUCCUCUGGUCUCCUCGCGUCCGCCUCUGCGGACGGGGACGUCGUGCUCUGGGAGUUGGGUGAGGGCGCGAGCGGGACGACAGUAUCCACAGCGCUUCUGCGCGACCGAGAGAAACAAAAGCCAACGAAACGGUGUGCAGAGUCCCUCCCACUGGACGUCGCCAUGGCGGGGCAGGGGGCAGGCAAGCAAGGCCUCGCUACCCGUGCGUGUGAAGGCGAAGAGGCAAACAUGGACGAAGCCGAGAAUGAGAACAGAGAAAAUGUCAAUCGAAAAUCGAGUGUCUCUCCUUCCCGUUCACUGGCGACGCGGCGCCACCGAUUCUUUGUCCACGCAGGACAUGCUGCCGGUGUCAGUGACUUUGCCUGGUGUAGCGAAGCCGCCUCUGCAGGUGUGGGGGGUGGCUCUGCAGGUUGGGGAGGCAGGCGCAGCGAAAUGACAGAAAAAGGCAGAAUCGGCACUCUUCUAGGUGCCAGUGUAGGGUGGGAUAACCGCGUGCAGAUUUGGCAACCCUCAGAGCACCUGUUUGUCCAGACAAACAAGGACCUGUGGUAGAGAAUUGGAGACAAAAUGAGGGAGGGAGAGAGAUCGGAUAGGGUGAGAGACAUGAGAAGGGUGAGACCGGGGACGUCGAAGGCUUGAUGGAAGGGGCACAGGAGACAGACAGUUUAGUACGCGGUAUAGACAGGGGCGCGGGCAGGCAGAGAUAGCGAAGACGCGCGAGAAAGAUAAGGAGUUCGGGAAACGAGAAAGACGAAGAGAGGUAGCGUGAAAAGGAAAACGAAACGGAUGUCUUUAGGCCCAUGUAAAUAUACAGAGCAAAAACGUGUCAGAUAGGACUUGUAGGCGCUCCGGUGGUUGUCGUUUCUCCAUCUCAAAGACGGACGCGACUUCGUUGCAGCACAAAACGUCUGGCAGGCUGCCUGUCUCAGGUGUCUACAUACGUGGAUAUAUAUGUUUGGUGCAUAUUAUGUUUCAAGACGUAAAUACAAAUAUAUAUGAAUCACGGGGGUGUGACGAUAUCUUAUCUGCGUAUCAAAGAUAGAGAUCGUGCGCAACGAGGCGG